GUUUCUACACUGCUGAGGUUGUGCUGGCACUGGACUGCAUCCACUCCAUGGGCUUCAUUCACAGGGAUGUAAAGCCUGACAACAUGUUGCUAGACAAGGCAGGCCACUUAAAGCUGGCAGACUUUGGGACCUGCAUGAAAAUGAACAAGGAUGGCAUGGUACGAUGUGACACGGCAGUAGGAACUCCAGACUAUAUUUCUCCAGAGGUACUGAAGUCGCAGGGAGGAGACGGUUACUAUGGCCGAGAGUGUGACUGGUGGUCUGUGGGGGUCUUCCUGUAUGAGAUGCUCGUCGGUGACACGCCGUUCUACGCUGACUCUCUGGUGGGCACCUACAGCAAGAUCAUGAAUCACAAGAAUGCCCUGACCUUCCCCGAUGACAGCGACAUCUCAAAGGAUGCAAAAAGCCUCAUCUGUGCUUUCCUCACAGACAGGGAGGUGCGGUUAGGACGCAAUGGAGUCGACGAAAUCAAGCGACAUAGUUUUUUUAAGAACGACCAGUGGACAUGGGAGAACAUGAGAGAGACGGCUGCUCCAGUGGUGCCGGAGUUAAGCAGUGAUGUAGACACAAGCAACUUUGACGACAUUGAGGAAGAUCGAGGGGAGGAGGAGACAUUCCCCAUUCCUAAAGCAUUUGUAGGCAACCAGCUUCCAUUCGUGGGCUUUACCUACUACCAGUUUCCUCGGGAACCAGCUAUAAAGACAAGUGACAAACGCAGCUCGACAAAGGAAGAUAAGAGUCAUUUGGAGAAUCUUCAGAAGAGAAUUUAUCAGCUAGAAGAACAACUUCACAGUGAGAUGCAGCUGAGAGACGAGAUGGAGCAGAAGUGCAGGGCAUCCAAUACAAAGCUAGACAAGAUAAUGAAAGAGUUAGACGAAGAGCGUAACCUAAGAAAGAGUGUGGAGACUAACAUGUCUUUACUGGAGAAAGACAAGAUCAUGAUCCAGCACAGAGCAACAGAACAUCAGAGAAAGGCUGAACAGGAGGCUGAAAAACGAAGAAAUCUGGAGAAUGAGGUGUCUACUUUGAAGGAGCAGCUGGAAGACUUGAGGAAAAUGAGUCAAAACAAUGAAAAGGUCGCCCAGCUGCAGAACCAACUGAGGGAAUCCAACGACCUUCUGCGGGCUGAGUCUGACACGGUGGUGCGUUUGAGGAAGAGCCACACAGAGAUGGGGAAGUCCAUGAGCCAGCUGGAGAGCGUGAAUCGCGAGCUGCAGGAGAAGAGCCGCGCCGCAGAGAGUCUCAAACAACAGCUGGAAAAAGAGCUGCUCCAGCUGCAGACCACGCUAGACACAGAGAGACGGUCCUGCAGCCAGGGCUCAGAGGAGAUCAGAGAGCUGCAAGCUCGUAUCACGGGUCUACAAGAGGACAACAAGAACUUGAAGCACAGUCUGUCUAAAGUGGAGCUGGAGAGAAAACAAGUGCAGGACAGAUGCAACGUUUUAGAGAAGGAGAAGAACAGUCUGGAAAUCGACCUGAACUACAAGCUGAAGACUCUACAGCAGCGGCUGGACCAGGAAUCCACAGAGCAUCGCAUCACGAAGGCUCAACUCACAGACAAAUACGAGUCAAUCGAGGAGACCAAGUCAGCUGCUAUGCACGCGGUGGAGCAGAAUGUGGCGGAGGAGACCACGCUGCGCAUGCGAGCGGAGAGCAGGGUGGUGGAGGUGGAGAAGCAAUGCUCCAUGCUGGAGUUUGACCUCAAGCAGUCUGUGCAGAAGAUGGAGCAGCUGAUGAAGCAGAAGGAGAGGCUGGAGGAAGAGGUGAAGGAGCUACGGGUGCAGUUGGAGCAGGAGUCCGGGAAGCGUGUGCUGGCCCAGAAUGAGCUGAAGAGCUGGACGAUGGAGGCCGAGCGCCUGAAAGGAUCAGAGAAGCAGCUCAAACAGGAGAUCAACGCGGCCCUCGAGAACAAACGCUCCGUUGAGUUCCAGCUGGCACAGCUCACAAAGCAGUACCGAGGAAAUGAGGGUCAGAUGAGGGAGCUUCAGGACCAGCUGGAGGCUGAGCAGUAUUUCUCAACACUCUAUAAAACUCAGGUGAAGGAGCUGAAGGAGGAGAUAGAGGAGAAGAAUCGACAAACUCAAGAGACUCUCAAAAAAGUCCAGGACAUGUACUCAGAGAAGGAGUCGCUGUCUGCUCAGUUGGACCUGACCAUGACGAAGGCCGAGUCGGAGCAGUUGGCGCGCGCGCUGCAGGAAGAGCAGUAUUUUGAACUCUCUCAGGAGCACAAGAAAGCCACCUCACGGUACAAACAGGAGAUCUCAGAGAAGGACUCGACCAUCACACAGCUUGAGGAAUCCAAUAAAACCCUUACCAAAGAUGCGGAGAUCCUCAGUAAGGAGAAGGCAGAACUGAACGAGAGACUCCAAGCUCGAGAAGAAGAGUUUGCAGCAGAGAAGGAGGAGCUGGCAAGCACAGUAAAGGCCAAUUACGAGAAGGCCCUUAAUAUAGAAAGAACUCUGAAGACCCAGGCGGUGAAUAAGCUGGCGGAGAUCAUGAACCGGAAGGACAUGAAGUUGGACCAGAAGAAGAGAGGCAGCACCACUGACCUGCGCAAGAAAGAGAAGGAGAACCGCAAGCUGCAGCUGGAGCUCAACCAGGAGAAGGAGAAGUUCAACCACAUGGCCAUCAAGAACCAGAAGGAGCUGAACGAGAUGCAAGCGCAAUUGGCAGAGGAGUGCACGUAUCGCAACGAGUUGCAGAUGCAACUGGACAGUAAGGAGAGUGACAUUGAGCAGCUCAGAGAGAAACUCAACGACUUGCAGCUCCGCGUGGACAACUCCAGCGUCACCAGCCUGCAGCCAGAUGAGACGGACAGUAACAUCGCUGAAUCAAGGCUUGAAGGCUGGCUAGCGAUACCAUAUAGGGCUAAUAUAAAAAGAUACGGCUGGAAAAAGCAGUAUGUUGUGGUGAGCAGUAAAAAAAUUCUCUUUUACAAUGAUGAGCAAGACAAGGAGCAGUCUAACCCCUCUAUGGUACUAGAUAUCGACAAACUUUUCCAUGUGCGUCCUGUCACGCAAGGUGACGUUUAUCGAGCUGAGGCCGAUGAAAUUCCAAGAAUAUUCCAGAUCCUGUAUGCUAAUGAAGGUGAGUGCAGGAAGGAGGCGGACAUGGAGAGUGUUCCUCAGGGUGAUAAGACCAACUGCUUGCCCCACAAAGGCCAUGAGUUCAUCCCCACCCUCUAUCAUUUCCCCUCUAACUGCGAGGCUUGCUCCAAACCGCUGUGGCACGUGUUCAAGCCUCCGCCAGCCCUGGAGUGCCGCCGAUGCCACGUCAAGUGCCACAAGGACCAUUUGGACAAGAAGGAGGAUGUUAUCGCCCCUUGCAAAGUGAAUUAUGAUGUGACAUCAGCUAGAGACAUGCUGCUCCUGGCCUUGUCCCAAGACGAGCAGAAGAAAUGGAUCGGCCAUCUCGGCAAGAAGAUUCCCAAGACCCCUCCAUCUACCUUCGCAAGGGCGUCUCCACGCACGAUGUCCACUCGCUCUGUAGCAAACCAGUCCUUCCGCAAGAACCCCAAAAACAUGUCGGGCAAGCCAAGCUAACCAUCUGAACCGAAUUGGGAUUUUGUACUUUCCUCUCCAAAAACCUCUUUAGAAAAAUCUGUUACAACCUUGGAAUUAACCCUUUAAUGUUGCAUUUCACAAUUGAAUAAAUGUAAAAAACAGACCGUAAAAAAACAGACCUUGAUUGGUGCUGAAGUUCAGGAUUUACCGAUCACAAGGCAUCAUGGCAUCAUCUUUUUUCUCCCCAUAACACUGGGAUCCUCAGAUUCUAUUUAACCUCCUGCUGUCCAGAGGAAAGAGUCUUUUAACGUCUUGGGAAGGAAACUGUAAGCUGAUCUCAUGCCCAUGUCUCUCUGUUUGGAUUCUGGGAUAGGGACUGUAGCUUGACACCUUUUUAAAUUUGGUGAACUAACCAUAAAAGGGUCUUUGGGACAAUAUUUUUAGUUUGCAAACUAUUUCUACUUAAAUCCACUUCGAUGCCGCCUUCUGAUGGACUCUGGUUGCCU